CUCACAAAACCCGGUCUGUCACGGGAGAACGUGUUUUUCGCGUGGGGAUUUCAGCCGAACUCGUCAGGCUGCACAUCUCCUUCCAAGCUCGAUUCCCCCAACACAGUGUGCUCCAUCCUACGAUAAGAGAAGGGACAUUUACAAGUCGGCGAGAUGGCUCGAGACGACGACGAGAUCCAAGCCACGGCUUUCACCCUCCACUUCAAAUACAGCAAAUACACCGUCCUCCUUUUCGCGGAUCCCUUAACACCCUUCUCAACCAUUAAAACCAACCUCCUCGUUAUCCUCAAAGAGCGCUACCCCGACGGUCUCUCAAGAAGCGACUCUCCCAGCCCCACAAAAAUCCCCGAUUCGAUACUAGACAUCGUGCUCGGUGUUCCGAUAGAUCCUUAUGAGCUGAGCAAAGGAUGGGAUGAGCUGGACACGAGGGGCGGAGGCAUGAUAGAGACGCCGAGAAGUUUGGGGCUCAAGGAUGGGAGUAAGAUUGCGUUUGCGUUUGUGGAGAAUGACGAGGACAAAGAGGCGAAGGAGUUGUUUUAUGUCGAGUACCCGGACCUUGAUGCGUUAUAUCCGGAGGAGGGUUAGAUGGAUGAGAUAUUUAGGAUGGCGUUAGGCGUACAUAGGGAGGUCAUCUAGCUUAGAGGAUGGCAGCGCAUACAGCCGCAUG